AUGAAAGGGGCACCUUCACCGGACUAUCUCACAGCAUUUUUCAUCUACUAUGAAGAUGGGCAUUGCACUGAAAUGCUGAGGAAAGCGAGAAGUGCUUGGGAAAAUGUUGUGCGAGCAGAAAAGGAUUUAAGACUAGGAGUGAUGGACGACAAAAUUAAUUAUCACACCUGGAUCUGGGAAAGGGUAAAGAAAGUCAAAUUGCCUUUCAAAUCGAUCGUUCAUCAGCUAGCUAACGAAGGGCCAUCCCAAGAACUAGAAAGCGAAGAGGUGAAGCAAUUGAAAAUAGAGAUGGAAGAACUGAGGGAAAAGAACGCUAGGUUGGAAAAAGAAUUACAAACUACGCGCGACGAUCUUGUUCAUAUGAGGAAUGAUAAAGAAGAAAAAGCACACGCCUAUGAAGAAAUGGUCAAAAGUCAGAAGGCUGAAAGAGUUUAUACAUUCCAAUUAAAACAGGACCUUGUAACCGCAAGCAAAAAGCUGGCCAUGAGAGUAAAGGAAAAGAACGCAACAUUAGAAGAGGGAAAACAAUGGAGGCUCCUCUACGAAGAGGCUAAAAGAGAUAAGCGAGAGGCUCUGAAGAGACUAAGAGAAGCGCAGGUUCAAGUAGAAAAGGCGGGACAUGAGAUGAAGGAAAUGGCCUUGUCUUUUGAGACAGAUAUGAACCAAGAGCGUUGGAAGCUGGCAGAGGCCGAAGAAGAGCAUCGCUCCAUGAUAAAGCAAAUGGAGGAGUACAUUGAAGAGCAAGAGGAACGGUGGAGGUCAUUGGAGUUUGGAGAGAGGCAUCAUGCCUUGAUAAAACAAAUGAAAGACCACAUCGCGAUGCAAGAAGAGGCUGUGAAGCAUUGGAAGGGAAGUUUUUCCCAACUGGCUAUGUUGGCGAACAGAGCAAUUGAAGACAUUCCUAAGAUGGUGUUGGACGCCGAAGCCACGACCCACUUUUGUAACCCGCCUCCCGAGAUAAUGCUUUUUAUUAACCAUUGUAAAUGGCUAGUAGGCGAAAUGAAGGCCUUCAUUGCUCGGGUUAGGAAGUGA